CUUCCUUUCCGCGAGCUUCGUGUCGCUGGAGUACCGUUACCGGUGCCUGGUUCUCCACCGCUCACGGAACCGCUCAGAACCCCUGGAUUAAAUAACCUCAGAGGGAAUUCCGGGUGUUUUCCUUUCCUCAGCUCCUGAUCUGGAGGGAUUUUUUUUUCUUCUUCCUUUUUUGCUAUUAGAAGUUGGGAAGCGCGAGCGCUCCGGUUGUGUUUCCACUGAGUUGGAGAGAACCUCUCUUCUUCUUCUUCUUCUUCUUCUUCUUCUUCUUCUUCUUUCUCUUCUUCUUCUUCUUUCUCUUCUUCUUCACAGAGCGGGUUUAUUUCCACCGCAGUGUUUUUGGAGGAUCGCGCGCUUGUCUUAAAGUUUUGCCAAUAAAAGGAAAGCACAAGAAAGAAAGAAAGAAAGAAAGAAAGAAGUAACACCGAGAAAAAGUGGGAAUGUAGCACAGACAACACGCUCCCAGGAUCCCACUUCCUGUCCACCCCUCAGCUUGCUCUCGGAAUGGGACUGCACCUUCCCAGAGUGCACUUCUUCACUGGGGGGUGUGGCCAUCCCGGGGCGGGACAGACAGCAUAGACCCCCUGCAGUAUUCUUUUGACCCCUGUGACCUUGGUGUGACCCUGUCCAGCCAUGCCUUUCAGGCUGAAACUGCCUCGUACGAGGCGCUACAACGUGCUGAGCAAGAACUGCUUCGUCAUUCGGAUCCAACUGCUGGACAAUCACAUGAUCGAGUGCACGCUGUCCGUCGAGGGGACUGGCCAAGAGUGUUUAGAAGCAGUCGCUCAGCGUCUCGAACUGCGAGAGACGCAUUAUUUUGGCCUGUGGUUUCACUCUAAAGCUCAGGUGCAGAGGUGGGUGGAGUUGGAGAAGCCGUUGAAGAAGCAGUUGGACAAAUUUGGCAACGAGCCAAUGCUGUACUUCGGAGUCAUGUUCUAUGUGCCUAGCGUCUCCCGCCUCGAGCAAGAGGUCACCAGGUAUCAGUACUACCUGCAGGUGAAGAAGGAGGUUCUCGAUGGACGCCUUCACUGCACCGUAGAGCAGGGCAUUCGACUCGCCGGUCUCGCCGUCCAGGCCGACUUUGGAGAUUUCACUCAAUAUCUGUCUCAGGAUUUCCUCAGGGAAUAUGUUUUGUUCCCCGUGAACUGGCCCCAUGUUGAUGAGGUGCUGGACGACUGGACUCAGAAAGUGGCCGAGGAACACAAGAGUCACUAUCAGAUGCAGGCCGCAGAUGCAGAGCUGCUCUACAUUAAAGAGGUGGAGAAGCUGGAUGGAUUCGGGCAGGAGAGCUUUGCUGCUAAAGACAAUUACACCAACGACAUCUUCAUCGGAGUUUCUUUUAUCGGGAUCUUUGCCAAGCACAGGAACGGGAGAUCGAUCAUGCUUCACCGGUGGAAGGACAUCGGAACCAUCGGGCACAACAAGUCGGCUAUCACCGUGGAGAUAACCAGCAAAGACGACACCAUCAUGUUUCACAUGGAGGAUAUGGAGAUGGCGAAAUACAUCGCACGCCUCUUUACCGCCAGACACAAGUUUUACAAACAGAACAAGAUCUGUGUAGAGCCGACCCACUCUCCCGUCACUAUACGGAGAAGAUCCACCUGGAAUAGGCAGCAUAGGCCGCAGUCCUGUAUUGCACAUUCUCAGUAUCCUGAUCACUAUCAGGAGACGCAGAGCUCGCAAGACAGUAUCUUCCACGAAGACCCGUACUGUAAGUCCGAGACGAAUCUGGUGGAGUUUGGGUUCCGCAACGGCCUGGUUCCUAAUGGCAGUAUGUGCAGCAGCCCGAGCGUAAGCUCCCUGAACCGCUCACAGACUUUUGUUCACUCCUCGCCCAUGUCUUCGAGCCCCAGCAUCCCUGGGAGUGAGCUCAUGCGGCCUGACUACAUCCCCAGCCACCGACACUCGGCCAUCAUCCCGCCGUCCUACAGGCCCACACCAGAGUACGACGCGGUGAUGCGGCAGAAACGCUGCCUCCUCCCAAACACACCCAACGUCGACUGUCACAGCCAGUCACUGCGCAGCCUCAAUAUCAGCAACACGUAUGUUUACCGUCAACCAUCGCUAGUGUACAGCCAGCCGGAAAUGCGUGAGCAAGGCCCGUACCACACGCCCUAUGGUGGGGGUGGAGGCCCUCAGGCAGUAUAUGGACUUCAUACUGGCCCCUCCCCACCUCACCAGGGUCAGAUGGUACAUUCUACAACGGCUCAGCCACAAUCUGGCACUGCUAACGGCAUCUCGCAUACCGUCAGCACGCCAGAGCUGGCCAACACUAAGCAGCAAGUGGUUAACAGGACUACCCAUGUGUUUAGGAACCACCAAUCAAGACCUCCACCCCCUUACUCGGCAUCCUUUAGGCCAGCUACAAGCACACCGGAUUUGGCAAGCCACCGGCAACGCUGCAUCGGAGGCUCUAGUCCGGAACUGGUGACGCGUAAAGUACAGCUGUCGGUGAAAACCUUCCAACCAGACAGCUCAGCCGUAGUGCACCAGUCACUACAGGAAGUGAGCGAGCCUCUAACGGCCAUGAAGCACCGUUCCACGCUCGCCAAACGCCACAGCAUGGAAGUCGCGAUGGUCCUCAAGGGAGCCAGUGUAGCCCCCUUGCCUCGAAGGAACACACUACGAGAGCAAGUGCCACCCCUGAUCCCUCCUCAGCAGGCACAGGUCCCACCUCCUCCACCGCCUCAGCUGGCUGAGGUGCAAAUACCAACCCAGAAAUCCUCCAACCCUGACCCAACAUACCAGCAUCAGAAAACACUCUCUAAUGUCACCAUGCUGAUCCACAGCAGCGAGAGUGAGGAGGAAGAGGAGGAGUACGCACCCGAGCUGGACGUUCACAUCCCAGGCCUGAACGAGGACAUCAGCGCUCAACUGCAGGCGGCACUCGCUAACAUCCCUAACAAGCCCCCGCCGGAAUACCCGGGACCACGGUCCAGCAGCAGCAACAUCGCACUCAGACACCACAACCAGGAUCGGAGCCGAGGUUCUCCAGAAGCGGCUCAGGUGCAGACGCAGGUCGACGUCCACGCAGGAGGGCACCGCGGGAGGCAAAGUCCGAGCCGUAUGGACCAGGUGUGCCUGAGCGGGGCGACUCUGGGACCGUCCAUCUCUGAGCCCGACCUCACCAGCGUCAAGGAGAGAGUGAGGAAAGAACCGGUGAAAGAGAGACCCGUCUCCGAGAUGUUUGCCAUCGAGGACAGCAUUGUAGAGAGAGAGAUUGCACAGAGGACUCUGGAGAGGCAGAAGAUGUCGGUGGACUCGAUGAAGAGGCCUCUGAUGAUGGCCACUCUGAACGGACUGUACGUGAGCCGUAUGCCCGUCCCAGAAAACCCACGUGAGGACGUCUCCGCUAAGGCCAACACGGACGAGAUGUGUAAGCAUCUGGAGCUGAGGUUAACGGAGGACCGGCUCUUCGCCGAAUACGAGCAGAUCCCUAAAAAAAGACCCGAGUGCAACCUCGCCACAGCCACACUGCCCGAUAACACCGAGAGGAACCGGUUCCGUGACGUGGUUCCGUAUGAGGAGAACCGUGUCGAGCUGGUGCCAAACAAAGAGAACAACACAGGCUACAUUAACGCCUCGCACAUCAAGAUGCUGAUCAGAGGGGAGGAGUGGCAUUACAUUGCGACGCAGGGCCCUCUUCCCGGCACUUGCCACGAUUUCUGGCAGAUGGUCUGGGAGCAAGGGGUCAACGUCAUCGCCAUGGUUACGGCAGAGGAGGAGGGAGGUCGUUCGAAGAGCCACAGGUACUGGCCGAAACUCGGCUCCAAACACAACUCGGCCACGCACGGCAAGUUCAAGGUCACGACUAAAUUCCGUACAGACUCGGGUUGCUACGCAACGACUGGGUUAAAGGUCAAGCACCUGCUGUCUGGUCAGGAGCGGACUGUGUGGCACCUGCAGUACACCGACUGGCCCGAGCACGGCUGCCCCGAAUACGUCCAGGGCUUCCUCGCGUACCUGGAGGAGAUCCAGUCUGUGCGUCGUCACACCAACAGCAUGUUGGACGCCUCGAAGAACCCGAAGCCGCCGGUCGUGAUUCACUGCAGCGCCGGAGUCGGACGCACCGGAGUCGUUAUUCUCACCGAGCUCAUGAUCAGCUGCCUGGAGCACAAUGAGAGGAUGGAGGUCCCAGUGAUGCUAAAUUACUUGAGACAGCAGAGGAUGAUGAUGGUUCAGACCGUCGCACAGUACCAGUUUGUGUAUCAGGUUUUGAUCCAGUUUUUGAAGAACACCAGACUCAUCUGAGUCCGACUGUGUGUGUGUGUGUGUGUGUGUGUGUGUAUACGCACCAUCCUAACUUGUUGCAUUUAACUGAAAGGCAUGACGCUCGGGCGGAAACAUCUCUACCGACGUAAUUCCAAACAGACCCUAAUAUCCACAGUAAACGAGUGGCUGUAUGAAAUGCCUGUAUUAUAAUUAUUAAUAUAUAUUUUUUGCUGUUUUGGUUUUGGAGGACAGCACCUCUCCGUUAUGCUUUCUAAAACACAGCUGAAGGCUUCUCAUUCUUGUAGCUACACCGUCAGAAAAAUGUGAGUGCAUAUGGCGGUCAUAAAUGGUAUAAAACAUGAUUUUGUUCAUUUAGGUGAAAUAAUGAGUAUGACUUCUAUAAAAUAUAAAAAUUGUCGUUUUUUUUUUUUUUUUACUUCCAUAUUGUAAUUUCCAGGCUAUAAAGUUACACCGCCGUACAUAACGCACCCCGAGAAAUUCCGUCUGCUUAGAGAAUUAGCAUGAAUAUUAUGAAGCAAGGAAUAAAACACUUGAGGGUGUGCUGUUCUCAGAAACUAAUCAAUAACGGCGUGAUACUGCUACCGCGAACGUGAACAGCGCAGCCUGAAGUAUUUUAUUCCGAUUAUAUUUUAUUUAUUAAAGAACAACACCUUAUACUUUUAUACGGAUACUUUUAGUCAAAAGUUUGGGCACCCCUAGUCAAAUGACGUAUUUUGAAUGUUGAAUUAUGAAAAGAAGUAAACACAACCUCUCCAGCAAACUAUUUAUUUUUUUUAUUUUUUUUUAAAUGCACAGUUACUAUAAAGUAUAAAGGGCGUCCAAACUUUUGCACGCGCCACGUUUUACUUUUUUUCGUUGUUGUUGUUUGUUUCAAAAGUUAGUCUAGGUUCAUCAAAUGUAAAGUAACUGUGCAUUUGCAGAAUUUUUUUAUUUAUUUAUUUUAUUUUAUUUUUUUUUAAAUAGCUUUGCCGCAGAGGUCGUGUUUACUGCUUUUCACUUUUGGACAGGGGUGCCGAAAGUUUUGCGUUCAACUGUCCUGUGUAUUACAGGAUUACAGCUGUUAUAGAACGUUAAUUCAAAGUCGUUUGAGCUAACGAAGAAUUAAGGCUUCCGUUAUAAAACGAUACCGUAGAUGUCGCGUCUUCGCUGCAACUUAUAGUCUGGAGAAUACGGUAUAUUUGAAAAGGAUGUUAAUAUGGAUUAUCGGGGAAAAAAAUACUAAAAAAAAAAAAAAAAAAACUUGUACAUAUCAACUUUCAUGAACGCUUUUUGAUAUUUAAUUUUUUUAUAUAUAUAUAUCUAAUUUUUUUUUAAUUUAUUAUUUUCCUUUAGGUCAAGUUGUGCGUCCGUGUGCUCAGUAAAGAAAAGGCGAGAACGGCUGUUUGCAUUUCUUAAGUCUUUUGUUAACUCGUUGUGGAGGCGAACCUAAGCUAAUUCCGUUUCGUUUACGUUUAUGUUGUUUAUUUUGAAGAUGUUGCAUUCAAAAGCAAUGCAUUUGGACUUUCAGACACUGUUUGUGACGUUGACUAUGGCAUAAUUAUUCACUUGUUUCCGUGAAAACAGAUUUAUUGACAUUAGGCAUGUGCCGAUUUGACAUUUUCACUAAACGAUGUGGGCGGAGUCAUCCUGGAAGGUGCCACGCCCUUCAGUAUAAAAAGAAAAAAAAACACCACCCAACCCCCUACCUGCCCCCCUAAUGCAUAACGGUAGCACCAUCCUUUAAUAUGUCACUCAUCUGUCAUGCAUAGUGUUACAUUUUGCGAUAUACAGUCCCCUCUGAAAGUACUGGAACGGCAAGGCUUUUGUUUUUGCUGUACACCGAAUACAUUUUCCCUCUUUUCUCAGAUUCAAAAUGGCUUGCUUUUCUCCCAUAGACAGCUCUCAGGUCUUCGUGUUGGUUUAUCCUUUUGAACAACAAAUGCAGUCUUAUCAGGUGAAACCUAGGGCUCGAAACAAGAGUAGACGUUCAGCGAUAUUAAUUCUAUACACAAUUAGUUUAACAGGGCACACCUGAGCAGCAUGAAAUGCCUAUCUGUCACAUGUUUGAAUAUUUUUGACCGCUUGAAUAAAUGAGUGGAUUCAAACAAAAGGUUCUGCGUUGUUUAAGACAUCUGGAUGUAAACAUGAGGAAAUAAAAGCCGGUCUUAUUCAUCUUUUGAUCUCAAACCCGAAUGUCUUCAGUGUACAGCGAAAACAAUAGAAUUGGCCUUGCCGUUCCAAUACUUUUGGAGGGGACUGUACUGUGUAUAUAAACCACAGCUGAUUAUCGGCCUAAUUGACACCGUGACGUUUUUGAGAAACAGAUUUGAACAGAUUCCGUAACACCUAACGCAGUAAUGUUAAGUAGUACACUGUAGUCUUCAGUGUACAGAGAACAAUGUAAGGCUGCAGGGAUGUGUGACUAGAAGCCAAGGUGGCGUUCAUUGUGAGGCUUCGGCUUUUGUAGAACGCGGCCAUUAAAUUAUUGAGCACUAACAACGUGUUCAGGUUUGUCGAAGAAGUGAAUCAUAUUAAAAUGAUCACACACUAGCACUUCAGUGCGUCUUUUUAUUUACAUUCUUUUCUUGCGAUUUGUGUCGUUUUCUUUCUUUUCAUUGCUGUACAUAUCGCGCGUAGGGAAAUUGAGCCAGAUUUCCGAAAUUUUCCCUUUGCAGUGCACUAGUGAAGUGCCCUAAGCCAGUAUAUUAGUGCCUUACUGAACAUACAGAAGAUCUGGAGUGACCCACUCUACUCUGUUCCACUCUACUGUACAAUACUCUACUCCACUCCACUCUAAUCUACAAUACUCUGCUCCACUCUAUUCCACCCUACAAUACUCUACUUCACUCUGCUCUACUAUACUCUGCUCUACAAUACUCUGCUCCGCUCUACAAUACUCUGCUCCGCUCUACAAUACUCUGCUCCGCUCUACAGUACUCUGUUCCACGCUACAAUACUCUGCUCUACAAUACUCUGUUCUUCUCUACUCUAUAGUACUCUGUUCCAUGCUACAAUACUCUGCUCUACUCUACAAUACUCUGCUCUACAACAGUCUUCUCUACUCUACAAUACUCUGCUCUACAACAGUCUUCUCUACUCUACAAUACUCUGCUCUACUUUACAAUACUCUGCUGUACUUUACAAUACUCUGCUCUACUCUACAAUACUCUGCUCUACUUUACAAUACUCUGCUCUACUCUACAAUACUCUGCUCUACUCUACAAUGCUCUACUCUACAACACUCUGCUCUACAAUACUCUGCUCUACUCUACAAUACUCUGCUCUACUUUACAAUACUCUGCUCUACAAUACUCUGCUCUACUCUACAACACUCUGCUCUACAAUACUCUGCUCUACUCUACAACACUCUGCUCCACUCUACAAUACUCUGCUCUACAAUACUCUGCUCUACUCUACAACACUCUGCUCUACUUUACAAUACUCUGCUCUACUUUACAAUACUCUGCUCUACUUUACAAUACUCUGCUCUACAACACUCUGCUCCACUCUACAAUACUCUGCUCUACAAUACUCUGCUCUACUCUACAACACUCUGCUCUACUUUACAAUACUCUGCUCUACUUUACAAUACUCUGCUCUACAAUACUCUGCUCUACUCUACAAUACUCUGCUCUACAAUACUCUGCUCUACAAUACUCUGCUCUACUCUACAAUACUCUGCUCUACUCUACAACACUCUGCUCUACUUUACAAUACUCUGCUCUACAAUACUCUGCUCUACUCUACAAUACUCUGCUCUACUCUACAAUACUCUGCUCUACUCUACAACACUCUGCUCCACUCUACAAUACUCUGCUCUACAAUACUCUGCUCUACUCUACAAUACUCUGCUCUACAACACUCUGCUCUACUUUACAAUACUCUGCUCUACAAUACUCUGCUCUACUCUACAACACUCUGCUCUACUUAACAACACUCUGCUCUACUUUACAAUACUCUGCUCUACAAUACUCUGCUCUACUCUACAACACUCUGCUCUACUUAACAACACUCUGCUCUACUUUACAAUACUCUGCUCUACAAUACUUUGCUCUACGCUACAAUGCUCUGCUCUACAAUACUCUGCUCUACGCUACAAUGCUCUGCUCUACUAUACUCUACAAUAUUCUGCUCCACUAUACAAUACUCUAUUCUACUCCACUCUACAAUACUCUCCUCCAUAAUACUCUAAAAUACUCGGCUCCACUCCUCUAUACUCUACAAUACUCCACUCUGCAUUUCACUUCCAAACUGAAACUCUAAAUUGUUCCAAGUUGCUUAGGACCAAUUAUUGGGUCAUUCAGAGCUUCUGAGUCAUUAUAUUUCAUUAUAUGUUUUUAGUAAUAAUUUUAUCAUAUGCUAAAAGAAACUGAUGCGACUAAGCUGUGUAAAAUUCUAUUAGCUUACUUCGAUAUGAAUGUUCUAAAAUCUGAUACGACUUGGUACUAUUAAAUACCAUAAAACAGAAACUAUGCAUGUUUUGGUUUUUUUUUUGUUUUGUUUUUUACUUGUAUAUAAGUAUACACAUGGAAAAUAUAAGCUUCUGUUAGCUGUUGUAUUCGUAAUAAGUGUGUUUUUGCCAAUGUUUUUACAAUGACAGUAUUUUUGCUACGUUGCAUUCCAGUCUCUCUCUGCAGGUUUCUUUUUUUUACUUUCUCGCUCAUUCCUACUUUUAUUAUUAAUUACCAAAUUACUAUUAUUUCCAAAUUUCCUUAAUUAUGUACAUAUAUUUUGUUUAUGCUCUGUUUAUUUUUCCAAAAUGAAACCGUCCCCCCCCCCCCCACACCCCCACCCCCAGAACUGUCAUACUUGCCUAUUAUACAAUAAAGCAUUAUUUUCUCA